UACCAAGUUUACUCAAACCGCAAAUUCUUCUAAAUGGAACGGAAGACAUCGUAGAUGCAAACACAAACUACUCUGCUUUUUGCCAAGGCCAAAAACCUCUGGUAUGGAAAACACCACAAGUUGAUGACGAGGAGUACAAACAAUGGACUACUUUCAAAACAGAGGAAGAAACCCCAACAAGUACAAAUUUCAAAUUUGGAAUACGACUUUACAUCACAAACAUGACUUAUAAGUUCGUCGGAUUUUAUUGCUGCCAUUACGAAGAGAAUGAAAACGAUAAAGCAGAGAUGUAUCUUUAUGUUGAAGAUGAACACCAUCUAUCGCUGAUUUCUAAAAAGAAUUUUGUACAACAUGUGUACGUUCGAAUGUAUGAUACAGUCAUCAUACCUUGUAGACCUACAUCUCCUACCGUUAACGUAACAAUUUCAGGAGUGGAUGAUGAUAUGGAUACAAACUCUAUGCGCUACAACCCGUUUUAUGGAUUCCUCACCAAUGCUACAACGGUAGUGAAACGUGAGCUACUGAUUUGUGAUUUCACGAGGAAUGGACAACAUAGCCAAAAUUACUACAAUUUCAUUGUUGAACCCUUUUCCACUUACAUAGACCAACCGGAAAUCAUUGAUGCCAAUUCAGGUCAUACUGUUUCGGGAGAGACAAUCAAAUUAACUUGUGAAAUUCACUCAGAAUUAUCUGUAGAAUUCACGUGGGACAUACCGAAUAAACACAGUGAUAAACGACGAAUCCAUAAUAUUUCCGGAGAUGAAUACGAUAAAAAUUAUCAGUAUUCCAUUCUGAACAUUUUUGGAGCAACAUCUGCUGAUGAGGGAUUUUACACUUGUCAUGUUUUUGAUCACCAAAAUCACACAAAUGUUUCACAUUUGGCAGUGAAGAUUUUCGAUCAUGGAGAGAGUGAAAUUUCUUUGGAAAGACUGAAUUGCUCUGAAUAUCAACAAACAUAUGCUGGUAAAGACUCCAUCGUCUGCACGGUAAAUGUAUGGGGACAUCCUACUCCAACAUACACAUGGUCGGAAUUCACCAUAGUGGUCUUCAAGCUGUUCAUAAAUAUGUCUUCUAUAAAUAAGCCCUAUGUUUCGGUUAAGAUGGACAAGGCAUUCCAUCGUCCUGAUGAACUUGGAAAAGUAUUUUGUACCGCUACAGGAUAUCCAGUACCCGUAAUACAAUGGGAGUUUCAAACUUGUUCGAAAAAAAAAUGUUCAUCUGAGAAGAGGCAAGGAUUGUUAUUGGAUUCACAAGGACUGACAUCAAAAUCUGUAAUCACGGUUUCUUCUAAUAAUCUGGUUAGUGUUGUUCGUUGUACUGCCACUAAUUUCAAUGGUUCUGAUGAAGACUCUUUGGAUUUUGUCAUUUCAGAAUUUGACAACGGCUUUGAUAUAACUGAAUUUGAAGAUACUGUCGUGCUGAACAAGGAAAGAAGUAGUGCAACUAUUGCAGUCGGAGAAGCUAUUCGAUUCCUGUGUGGAGCUUCCAAAUAUAAAUACACAAAUUUGACCUUUUUCUUUGGAAAUGCAGAACUGAAAAGUGAUGAAAGAUUUCACAUAUCUCACAGUACAACAAAGUUUUCCCAUAAAGCAUAUUUGGAGAUAAAGAAGGCCAGACCUGAAGAUGCCGGUACAUACGGAUGUAGAGUGAAUUCAGUGAAUUCUACGGAAAAUUACGAAUAUAAAAAAAUUACAGUUUUUGUUAAGGUUCCCGUUAAACCAUCUUUGACUGACCCAAAAUCUGAAGUUAUAGAAACUAAUUUUCCUAAAGAUGUCAAAAUGGCAUGCCAAGUGUCUGGAAUUCCAAAACCGAAAAUCACAUGGUACAAGAAUGACAUUGAUAUCAAAGCAGAAGGAGCAAGAAUUAUAAUAGAUGAUGAAAAUCAAACACUACGUUUCAAUACCACAAGAGAAGAUGAUGCGGCCGAGUACAAAUGCAUGGCAAAAAAUAAAAUAGGGGUAGUUUUCAAGCACUGGUCACUGCGCUUCAAAAAUUCGCAGAAAACAUCAGUGUGGCUCUAUAUCGUGAUCAUUAUCCUUUUCAUUAUAUGCAUAGUUGCUGUGGCUGUUAUAUACAUCAGAACACAAAAAGAACGGAUUGGAUCUGAAUCUGAAACUGAAACAGAACUGCAGGACGGUUGUUCUGUGGACUCUGAAAAAACUGAUAUGACGUCAGGAGUGCUCUGGAUGUCAUCUUCAGGUGACUCUGGAUUAAGUAAACAACUUGGUUCGGGAGCGUUUGGUGUAGUAAUGAAAGGAGAAGCUAAACACAUAAUCGAGGGCGAACCUGUUACCGUUGUAGCGGUUAAGAUGGUUAAAAAAAAUGCUGAUCGUACUCAUAUCAAGGCUCUAGCCUCCGAACUCAAAAUAAUGGUGCAUUUAGGAAAACAUUUGAAUGUUGUUAAUCUUCUUGGUGCUUGUACGAAGAAUGUGAUAAAAGAGGAAUUACUGGUUAUUGUUGAAUACUGCCGAUACGGGAAUUUACUCAAUUAUCUUUUGAGACAUCGGAGUCAUUUCGUGAAUCAAGUAGAUCCUUUAACCAAGAAAGUUAAUUAUAAUAUUGGACAAGAAAUACUGGACCGGACAUAUUCAGUCUCAAGUAGCAAAAGUAUUCCACAUUCACCAUCUCUGAAGUAUGCUGCACUGGGGUUCUCCAACAGAGACAACAGUUCCAGAGAACCACUUCCUGAUAAUAUGAACGACUACAGAGCAGAAGCUUGCUCAGAUGGAAUGUUCAAAACGGACACUACAGCUGUUACUCAAGUAAGUGAUGAUGGUUUGAUCUUGAGCAAUAAUAGCGCCCAACCAGAAUGGCGAUCAAAUUAUACUGGCGACUAUAAAGAAAAUGGAAGACCGAUGAGUACUAAAGAUCUUAUUGCUUGGUCGUUUCAAGUUGCCAGAGGGAUGGAAUAUUUGUCAUCCAGAAAGGUCCUUCAUGGAGAUCUAGCAGCUAGAAAUAUUCUUCUAGCGGACGACAAUGUUGUGAAAAUAUGUGAUUUUGGUUUGGCCAAAAGCAUGUACAGAAGCGACGUUUAUGUGAAACGUGGUAAUUGUCCACUCCCUAUAAAAUGGAUGGCCAUCGAGUCUCUAAGGGACCAUGUAUUCUCAGUGCAGUCUGAUGUGUGGUCAUUUGGUAUUGUUCUCUGGGAGUUUUUUUCUUUAGGUAGAACACCUUACUCUGGAAUAGAAGCCGAGAACCUUCACCCUAAAUUAUUGGAUGGAUACAGAAUGGAAUCUCCUGAAUUUGCACCGACUGAUAUAUAUCAUAUUAUGACCGAAUGUUGGGCAGCAAAUCCUUUGUCUCGUCCUUCAUUCACAAAACUGUCUGACCGCAUAGGGGCUAUUCUUGAAGACUCGAUGAGAAAGCAUUAUAUAGAUUUGAACGAUCCAUACUUGGCAAUGAAUACCAAACGUGUCGAAGAAGGUCAAAGUGAUUAUUUGGCCAUGUUGAGUCCACCAACAUUCGAAGCUUUGUCUAGUCCUCUAUGUGUAGAUGAUAUCGCUUCGCAACAAUCAGCUGACGAAGGGUAUAUGAGCAUGAAGCCUACUUCAAUAUUCAGCCCAAGAGUUACAGAUGGUAAUGUGUUCGAUUUCAAUAUGCAUAACAGAAAACAUUCGAACUCUAACGAAACUUCUGGACAUGAAUUGGUUCCAAUGUUGCAUGCCUCAAUCGAAUCAGAUUGUGAAACACCUCUGCAGAGUCCCAACAGCGUGUCGAAUCCCAGUUACCAUCACAUGCCUACGACAAUACUAGAAGAGAACCUGGAUGAGGAUAAAGAUAUUGUGAAAUCUGUAGACAACUACGUCGAUAUGCUCCAGAACAAAACAAUGAUGAAAGAAAAGUGUACUGGGGCUCCCAUUAAAAUUGAACCAGCAUAUGUGAAUGCCUACAGCAGAGACUGGGAUAGUUUUGGUGUUCAAAAGUUAUAGUCGUGACGGACACGAAUUUGCUUUGUGUCUGUUAUCAGGGAUUUCAAAUCAUUUUAUAUAGUAGACAAUGGAAGUCCGAACUAGUGAAAUUGCUUUGUGUUGUUCAUUACCUUCCUUUACUUUUAACUGCUCCAGAAGUGUUCAAAAAAGGUUUCGUCUUUUUAUGUAGAAGGAAUUCUAAAAAAUUAUACCAGAGACAAUGAAUUCGAAUUUCUAUAUUUCAAUUUUAUUAUCAAAAAAUAAAAUAGAAUCAUAUUUGUACCUGAUAUGUUCAAACUUACUCAUAUCAAAAUACAAUACAUUGAGUAGA